UCAUUGGCACUCUCUCUGACGGUGGCACUAGCUGUGAGCGGAUGCUUUGUAUCACGUCUUUGAAGCUGCUCGAUUUACAAGCGACUCUCAUGACGUUGGUGUUGGUGGAAUAUGUUAACAGUGCAGUUGCCUGUUUUCAUAUCUGUGGAAUGGGAACUGGAUAGAUCCACUACAGGCUGUUUGCUCUAACAGCAGAACGUUCAUGUCUGGUAUUUUCCUUUGGACCCAAGAGCCUAUUGUUGUGAUGGAAGAUGGCUAAACUGUGCUGAUUUAACCUCAGUUGUGAUUUGGCUGUUGUCAGUGGUGAAGAUGGUAAUGGUGGCAGUACAGAAUGCUUGGAUAUACCUGUGGAGAAUUAAUUGACAGUAACUGGCAUUGAAGAAAUCUUGCAAUGUUGUUUGUCAAAUAUUGGAUCAAAACUGUGCAAAUGAAGAGUUAUUGAAAAUAUACUCUGCACAAAUCUUAAACACCUAUUGACCAUUUUUUCUUGUGGAUCCUCUGACAACUGAAAUCCACCAUUCUCAGCCACUGAGGUUUCUACUAUUGUAUUGACUAUCUGUGUUGUUCAUGCGUGUGAGUGUAAAUUGUUUUUAACAGUUGUAAUUUUUCAUUGUAAAUAAACCUGUGUAAAGGAAUAACAAUUUAAUGAAGACAUGAAUAAAGAGCAUUUUGUGAAUUGUUUUAAUACCAAUGAAGAAUUACAAACAUUUGAAAGAGCAUGUGAUGCUAACACCUUUUAUUGUAUCACUUCUAAUCUGUCAUUCUGUUGUUCCUUUGCUGGUCUGCUCAUGCCAUAUCUCAUUCCUUUCUUUCCAAGCAUAUGUUGUAGUCCUCCAUUCCACUCUCUUCGUCUCUUACAUGCUGCAUUCCACCCUGAACUUUUAACUUGGAAAGCACGUGAGCAGUUUAUAAAGAGACCAGCUACUUGUAAUAAAGGUUAUUUGAAAAAUACUUUUUUGCAGAAACAAUGGCAGUACAGAAAACUGAUGAGAGGAAGAAAUGUCAUAAUUUUAGUGAUGAAGACCUUGACACGCUCCUUAACGAGGUGGAGGCAAAGCGACACAGGCUUCUUGGAUAUGAAAAGCGCAGGGCACCUAGAAAAGUUAGCAUCUUGGCGUGGAAGGAGGUUGCAGAAACAGUGACUGCUAACAGCACUAUUCCACGGACUGCGGAGCAAUGUCGCAAGAAACUAAAUGAUUUAACACGGUCUGCCAGGAUUAAGAUGGCUCAUAAUGCCCGUGAACGUUUACUAACCAGGGAUGGUGGUGUGGCGUUUCUCAAGGAUCUAAAUGAAUAUGAAGAGAGGGCCAGGCAGCUGGUGGGAAUCUGUAGUUCAGUGUCUGGUAGUCAAGGAGACAUUGGAAUGGGGAGAGGUGCACAGCCAUCUUUGGAUGUAUCAGCUGGAGAUAGUGGGCCAGCAACAGCAGCCAAUGUUGUUGAAAGGAGGCCUGGAGAGGGAACAGAGCCACUGGUGAAAGUGGAGGAACCUGUAAAUGUAAUCGAACUAAAGGAAGAAGUUGAGUGGCCUCCAGAGGAUCAGGAGGUGGCACACACUGGCUGGGAGGGCAAGCAAAGUGAUACUGUUACUCCAGUUCCCACAUUGCAUCUACAGGAUGCUGAUGUGUCAGGGCUACAAUCCUGGGACAACAUUCAGAUCACCCCGUCUCUGUCUCCUGGCCCUUCUUGCUCUGAACGAGGCACAGCUGGAUGUCCUUCAAGCAGCUAUGAUGCUGAUGCAGUGGGAUCAGGAGGAGGAUAUGUGAUAGAACGGUCUGAAAUGUCGAGUGGGGAGGGUCCAGCAGCUCCAGCAAGUGAUCCAUUGUCCUCAGUGAUACGAGGACCACAUCAACCCUCUGACACUUCAGUAGAAGAGGUGGAAGAGCUCUUUGUUACAGGAUUGAGAGACAUACUGGUUGCUCAACAUGACAGGCAGUUAGACUCUCUGGACUUGAUCAGACAGGAGAUGACAGGUCUUUGUCAAGAGCUGAGGGAGUUGAAGACAGGUCUUUGUCAGGAAGUUAGAGACUUAAAAAUGAGCCUUUGUCAGGAGGUGAGGGAGUUGAAGACAAGUCUUUGUCAGCAGCUGUCGCUUUCAAUUCAAAAACUUACUGAGGCAUUGACUGCUACAAAGGAGAUUCAGCAUCAGCAAGAUGCUGCGAGUGACCUCAAUCAGAUAACAACACAAAAACUUGAGGUUCGUGCAGAUGGUACAGAAGUGACACACAUGAACCCAGUAGAACCAUUCUUGACAGCUCUGCAUACUGAAACAGUUCAGCCCCAAGAGCUAGAUGCAAUUUCAGGGCAGCAGCAUUCAGGCAAUGGGCUAUCUGUUUCUGGACGUGUCCUUGGCACCAGAGGGGCCAGGUCACGGGUACGAGGAAGACGCAGGAGGCGUUAGAUGCUGGCUGAGUGGACUGCUUUUGUUUUAAAUACAUGUUUAUGAUAGCGACCCCAUGCCGCAAAUGACAAUUAUAAUUAUUGAGUAAUAUUUAUAAUUUAAUGCAUAGACUUGCAACAUACAGUAAUGUGAGGUAAUUCUAAACAUUUGGAUUAGCAAGAAGCAUUUUAAAGACUAAUCAAGUCUUGCACUAAGCAGCUGAAGUUGGCAUUGUUCUGUCUUAACUACCUCAAAUGUUCUGCAAUGAAUUUUCACUGCUGGAAUAAAAUGUCACUUGUUUUAUUUUA